AUGUUUGGGGGCCUGGGAGCCCAGGGCAUGGCGGGACCCCUGAGGGGUCGGGUGGAGGAGCUGAAGCGGCCCUGUUGGCGAGAGGCCUCACCUCUUGUGCUGCGGCACAGCGAGGCUGCCCGGCUGGCAGCUGAUGCCCUCCUGGAGAGGGGCGAGGCUGCCUACUUGCGGGUCAUCUCGGAGGAGCGGGAGUUGCCGUUUCUGAGCGCCCUGGAUAUGAACUACAUGACCAGUCAUGUGCGUGGCAGCCCUGAGCUCAGUGAAGCCCAGGGACCAGAGGCCUCAGGGCCUGACCGUCUCAGCCUGCUCUCCGAAGUCACCUCGGGCACCUACUUCCCCAUGGCCUCUGACGUAGACCCCCCAGAUCUAGACCUGGGCUGGCCCGAGGUUCCACAGGCCACGGGCUUCAGCCCCACCCAGGCUGUGGUCCACUUCCAACGGGACAAGGCCAAGAGCAUCAAGGACCUGCUGCGCUUCCUCUUCAGCCAGGCCCGCACGGUCGUGGCUGUGGUAAUGGAUGUAUUCACAGACAUGGAGCUUCUGUGUGAUCUCAUGGAGGCCUCAAGCCGGCGCGGUGUCCCUGUCUACCUGCUCCUGGCCCAGGAAUACCUGAGGCACUUCCUGGAGAUGUGCUACAAAAUGGACCUCAGUGGGGGGCACCUGCUGAACAUGCGUGUGCGGAGUACAUGUGGGGACACCUACUGCAGCAAGGCGGGUCGCCGCUUUACUGGGCAGGCCCUGGAGAAGUUCGUAAUUGUCGACUGUGAGCAAGUGGUUGCGGGUAGCUACAGCUUCACCUGGCUGUGCAGUCAGGCCCACACGAGCAUGGUGCUGCAGCUAAGGGGCCGCAUCGUAGAAGACUUUGACCGGGAGUUCCGCUGUCUGUAUGCUGAGUCUCGGCCGGUGGAGGGCUUCUGUGGUGGAGAGGAGCCGUUGUCACCCAGGGCACUACGCCCUCCCCAGGUGGCCCUGGCCUUCAGACCUGGCAUCCCAAGCCCCACUUCCUCCUUACCUUCCAGCGUGAGCCUCUGCAGCAUCAAGCGCUCUCCUCUCAUGGGCCGCUCCCCCUACCUCGCUCUGCCAGGAGGCUGCAGUGACAAGGGUAUGGGAUUCUCAUCCCCAGGUCCUGGCCGCCUUGAGGCUAAUGGUCAGUACCUCCUGCAACGCCAGCUGUCAGACCCUAACCACGGCUCCCCUCCUGGACUCUACAAGGCCAACCUGGGCAAACUGGGGGCAUCCCCAUGGUCUCAGUCCUCCCCUGCCCUCAACCACCAUAGUGUCAGCCCCACGCCUCUGGCAGUGGGCUCAUCUCUGCUCUCGCGCCCACGACCGCUCUUCCCCUUCCCCCGGGGUGGCCCAGCCCUGGCCCGGCUCCCAGAGAAUGGGCUCUCAGGUAGCCAGGAGCACAGCCCACCACGAGGUCACCGAGUACCUGGUCCAGCCCUAGAGACAGUGGAUGAGAAGCCAUCUCUGAGUCAGAGCCAUGGCCAGCUGGACCUCCUGGUCCCCUUUCCCAGAGCCCAAGAAGCAGGAGACCCCGACUCUGGCUCAGGCUCCCUGCAGCCUGGUGAGCAGGUCCCAGAGGAAACAAGAUUGUCCCCAAGCCAGAACUAUAGCCAACUGGACCUCCUGCCCCGGGCCCCUGGUGCCAGGAGCACCUCCGAGUCAGGCUCCCCCAGAAAUGGUGAUCGGCUCUCACCAGACAGAAGACUGUCCCCAAGCCACAGCCAGUUGGACUUCCUGGUGCCAUUCUCCAAGGCCCACAACUCCAAUAUGCCACCUGAGACUAGCUCCCCAGUCAAGCCCAGCAGGCAGGACCCGGAUGAGCGGCGGCAGACCCUAGGCCACAGCCAGCUGGAUCUCAUCACAAAAUUUGGCCCAUUCCAGGAUGAGGGACCUGGGCCCAAUGGUCUCCCCAGUCAGAACCCUGUUCGAAACAUUGCAGUGGGAUCUGGGGAUGAGAAGCGGCUGACCUUGGGUCACAGCAAGCUGGACCUCAUCACCAAGUAUCACCAGUUGCAGGGUGUCAGGCAGGGGCCUGAACAUGGCCUACCAGGAGACUCUACAGGUGGCCAUCGUAAGGGUGGUAGCAGCGACCUUUAUGGGGAUGAGAAGCGGCUGACCCUGGGCCACAGUAAACUGGACCUCAUCACCAAGUACAACAAGUUCAAGCUACUCCGAAGCCGAUUUGAUAUGUAG